AUGGCUCGGCGGCAGCGUGUGCCACGCCACAAGGAGCACGGGCGGAGGCGCAACAAGAACCCGAAGUUGUCUCCAUUCCAGCGGGAGCAGAGGCGCAAUAAGAUGGCCAACCAGCCGCCGGUGUCAUUUGGCAAGAAUGGCAGCCAGCGUGAUUACCCCAUCAGUCAGAGGGCGGUGAUGAAAUUCCUCAUGGCAAAGCAGAAGCGGCUGCAGGAAAGGCACCAGCAGCGACACGAGGAGCAGCAGAAGAAAGAAAUAGGGGAGCAUCAGCAGAGGCAAACAAAAAAAACAACAGGCGAUGGGAAAUUGUGUGAAGACAACGGGGAGGUUUCCCCUUCUCCCGCCACCCACUCAUCCAUGGCUACCGCUGCUGUGGAGGCGGUGGUGGGGAAGAAGAAACACCAUGCGAAGAAAGCGAAGAAGACGUCACUUACAGCACCCGUGGCACUCAAUGAAGAAAUGGCUGCAUCCCUUGCACGCCCCAUCAUGGCCUUUAAGACGCUGGCGGAGGAGGAGAGGGGGGAAGCGGAAAACGCAUUGGUAGCCAUCAUUUCAAGAAAGAAGGAAAGAAAGCAUCGGAAGAAGGCGGAAGCCCGGCGGGAGCGAGUGAGGGAAGUACUUCGCGAGACGGAAGAGCAGCUGAGAGAAGUCCUUUCCAGCAAAGGUGGGAAGAAGCGGAGGAGGGAAUAUCCGGUUGACCCCAAGGAUGCCGCCUUCGAGAAGAAGCUAAAGCAGAUGCAGAAGGAAAAGGCAGAGGAGGCGGUGGCGGCUGAAAAAAGCGUUGCGGGGAAAAACAUAAAACAAGACCGCAGCGAAACUGAGAGCCAGAAAAGAAAACGCAAGCGGAUCACGUUCUUAGAUGAAGGUGCAAAAGGGGGUGUGGAUGUCCCUCACAGUGCGAUGCGUUACCCGAACGACAAGGGCGCUAAAGUGCCCCGUGACUUCUGUGAGUUGGUGGAUGUUGUACGGUUCGGCGAACGCGUGGAGGCUCCUCCUGUUUUUGACGUUAUUCCGCGUCACGACGCCUCUAUCACACGUCUUGCCAACCGAAUGGAAUCCUCCUCCUGUAGGAAUUUCCUCAAGGGCGGAGUUGCGUCGUCGCAGAAGGAACGUUUGCAGAUGUUGUCAUCGGUUGGUGGGGUGGGAGAAGAAAGGCGACUUGAGCGCCUCGGCCUGGGGCCUGUUAGCACUUCUGCGGCUGCGGCCCGCCGCACAGGCGCGCCCAAGAAGCUUUCUAAGGAGGAAGAGAUGCGGCGCUUGCGUGAGGCUGUCAUGGAAGCAUACCGCCGCAAGAAGCGUAUAGGGGCGGAGGCACGGAAGGGGGUGGACAUGCAUCAUCAAUUCCCGAUAUUCUCAUGA